AAAGCCACGAAACUCUGCUGAUUUUGUACUUUGGAGUCUCGAGAGUAACGUACUUGGUAGCGACUGUUAGCGACUGACAAACGGUGUUAUCAUGGGACUGCUUUCUAGACUAAAAAAAGCGACUGGUUUGGAGAGUGUACGAGAACCCUGUGUACACCCCAAAGACUCCCCCAUCAUGACGGAGAACCGUCAACCGGCGACGGUUGGUGCUCUUGAGACCGAUGUAGGGAGAAAGAUGAAGAGCUUCUGGAAGUGGGCCGCUCUUCACUUUGUUUCCCGCAGAAAGGGAACAUAUGACCUGGCCAAAGCUGAGGAGAAAUACGGGAUAGAGGCAGAAACACAGUGGAGAGAUAACGAUGAUCCAGCUCCUGGAGACCUCCUUGAUGUUGAAGAACAGCAGAAACACAGCGUAUUGGACAAGAACCAGAGUGAACUCUGUGUACAUCCUAAAGACGGCCCCAUCACGUCAGAGAGCCAUCAUCCUCCUCUGUCUGUUAGUGCUGCUGAGAUUGAUGAAGGGAGAGAGGAGGAGGAGGAGAAGAAGAAGAAGAGCUUCUGGAAGUGGGCCGCUCAUCACUUUCCUUGCAGUGGAGCUGGAAGAUAUAAUCUGUCCGAAGCCGAGGAGAAAUGCUGGAAAGAGGCGGGAACACAGUGGAGAGAUAGCGAUGAUCCAACUCCUGAAGACCUCCUUGCUGCUAAGGAACAGCAGGAACACAGCGUCCUGGACAAGAGCCGUAUUUGCAGGCAAUAUGAAAUCGGCUGCAAGCUGGGUGAAGGAGGGUUUGGCUUUGUGUAUGAAGGGACCCGCCGCAAGGAUGGACUUCAGGUGGCUAUAAAGUUUUCAAAUAAGAUGCCAACCACGACAUCUAUCAGAGUGCCUGGUCAUCUCAAACGUCUGCCAAUGGAGAUUGGCCUGAUGCUCAUGGCCAACAAUGGACCCAGCGUUUCCCAGAUCAUUAAGCUGCUUGACUGGGAGGAUGACAAAGAUCACUACGUGAUAGUCAUGGAGCGACCAGUGCCUUGUGUGGAUUUGUUUAGUUUUUUGAAACUCUGUGGAGGAAGCCUUGAUGAGGGCAAGGCACGAUGUAUUAUGUUGCAAGUCAUUGAAGCCGCUAAAACUUGCUGUGAUCGUGGCGUCUUCCAUCAUGACAUAAAACUACAAAACCUUCUGGUGAACCAGGACACCAUGGAGGUCAAAUUAAUUGACUUCGGGUGUGGUGCAGUCAUGAAGAAAUCUGCCUUCAAAUCCUUUAGUGGCACGAGAACAUACUGUCCACCUGAGUUCGAAGCCAAAGGCAUGUGCCAUGCAAAGCCGACCACAGUGUGGACUCUUGGGAUUCUUCUGUUCGUAAUGGUGUGCGGCCAUUUUCCCACAUACCUCGAUGUGAGCUUGAUCAGUCAGAAAAGCUGGGUCAGGCUCAUCCUGACACAUGAAUGCUGCCAGAUGAUUUGUGAUUGUCUGCAUCAGGAUCCACAGAAGAGACUCAGUCUGGACGAGAUGCAUCUCCACGACUGGUUUAAGUAAUUCGCCUGGACCUGGAGAGACCUGUUAAAAGAGAGGCUGGAAAAUAUGGUGAGAGAGAGAGAAACGGACGGAGACUCUGACACUGCUCUUCUCAGAAUUAAAAUUGGGCCUUUAAUGGUUUUUUGUGAAGUUUAUGAAUAAAAAUUAACAGCGUCACCAACGCCAACCCUGGUCACUUCCCUUUUCCCACUAUGAACUUUUGAUAUAUUUUUUUUUAAUUUGUAUUAUUUAUAUUGUGCUGUUCCCUUGUAGAAGUUCAUAGUACAUUCCUCUACAGUCCUUUAGGCUCCUGCAAAAGUCAUUUUGGUCAUGUCUGAAUAUGCUGUGGUCUGUCAUAAACUCAGGCCAAAUUCUACUGUAAUCUGCCAUCUAUAUCCCUUCAAAAUGAACUGCAAACAAAGAUAAUUAAAAACUAUAUUUUUGAGAUUAGUAAUGUGUUCACCUUGAGAUAAAUGCCCAAGCA